CCUCGAAACCUAUCCUGUCGUUCACGCUUCGAUAUUUGCCCGUGUGGUUUUUCGUCGUCGAGGCCUUACAACACUUUGCUACCGUCCGCGGGCUUUCUUUUGGCUUUGCAGAGCUUGGUUGUCGUGGGAUCUGGGAGAUCCAUCUCCUCCGAGUUCUGCAAGCCUGGCAUAAGGCCCUCAAGGAUCUCCGCUAUUUGCAAGGGGAAUUGAAUAGUCACUGUUGACCACAUUGGUUCUUUGGAUUGUCACAAGCAGCAUAUUCAACGCUGUCCCGAGCUCCUGGAGUUGUCGACGUGGCUCCCAGUCCAGUCACACACUGACUGACUCUGCUAACCACCGCCGUCCCGGCUUCGCAUUUUUUCCUUUUUCGUGGACCGACCACGCGACCGCCCCCGAACAGUUCGUCAACUGGUUCGACUUGCCUGGUUUGAUCGAGACGAAGCGGUAAAUCAUGUCCUCUACUGUAAUGUCGAAAAAAAACAAGGGGAAGAAGGUUGCGGACCCCAACGAGACCUCGAAGCUUUUGGCCGCCAAGAUCUCACAGUUGGAACAAGAUGCAGCGGGCGAGAAGGACCAAGAGGCGGAAAUCGAGCGUGAAGUGAAGAAGGCUACGAGAGAUUUGAACCAACUUCUCACCACCAUCGAAUCGCCAAUGACCCGUCUCGAGACCGUCCACAAAAAGUACACAGAACUUCUGGCUGACAUGAAAAAAUUGGAUCGCGAUUAUGCCAAAAGUAAGAAACGGGCUGAUCAGCUCCAAAAGGAUCAGGACAAGGGUAAAUCGGAGUUAAAUAAAACGGUUACUAUGAAAGAUAAGUUGGAAAAGCUCUGUAGAGAGCUCACCAAAGAGAACAAGAAAGUCAAGGAUGAAAAUAAAAAGCUGGAGGAGACCGAAAAGAAGGCCCGCUUGAUUGUUAAUGAACGUCUUGAUUCUCUUUUGUACGAUAUCCAAGACGUCAUGGCCGCCAAGGGCAAUCCUCGCAGUGAGAAAGUGGACAUCGACCUGGACGAAGCUCUCCGAGCCAAGAUCAAGACGAUUGGUGAGAAAUUUGAGAUGCGCGAACUACACUACAAGGCGUUGCUACGCAGCAAAGAUGCUGAAAUCCAAUGUCUCACGGCUAAGUAUGAAGAACAGCGACGAGCUGCAGAGAACGAAGCGGCUCGCUGUCGAGCCCUAAGCUCUCAAGUGUCUACUUUUUCUCACACAGAGUCCGAAUUGCGUAGCCAACUGAAUAUUUAUGUGGAAAAGUUCAAACAAGUGGAGGAUACACUGAACAACAGCAACGAGCUCUUCCUCACUUUCCGUAAAGAAAUGGAGGAAAUGUCGAAAAAGACUAAACGGUUAGAGAAAGAAAAUCUUACACUCACCCGCAAACACGAUCAAACGAAUCGCAAUAUACUAGAAAUGGCAGAGGAACGCACAAGGAAUCAUGAAGAACUCGACAAGUGGCGAAAGAAAAGCCAUCACCUCGAAGCGCUUUGUCGACGAAUGCAAGCCCAGGGCCGUGGCCAAGGUCUCGCUGCUGAGCUAGACAGGGAUGACGAAGGAACAGAGAGCAUCAGUGACGACGACUAUGAGCUUGACAGCGCCAACGGGGAUCAGCCGCAACAACCGGAGAAGCCAGUUUUUGGCCCGCCGCCGCCACCCAAUCUUUUGGAAGCACGAGCCAACGGGAGUAAGGCGGUGGUAAAUGGAUGCCACUAGUUAUCUUCGUUGGGAGGAAACGGAGCAGGUGGUUUUGUCCGCUGCGCACACACCUGUUGGAGUAUAUUGUUGCGGUGACAGUGUUGGCAAUCCUACCCACUUCGGCAGGCUGUAAAUCAUUUCUUGACGUCUUAAAGAGAGCUGCGUAUUGCCAAUGCUGCUUGUAGCCCCUGGGUUAUUUUGGAAUUGUGCUUGUCUCUAUACAGACCUCGUAGCAACGGAAGAACACUCACUCUGUUUCCCCGGGGUUUCACCUCUUAUUAUGUUGUUGUUCCAGAUGGUUCUGAAGUUUUACUCAGUUGAUAUGUUGUACUUGUAUAUGCUAUGUAACCCACGUCUUAAAACAUACGUAUGAAAUCAUGAGAUUCCUC